AUGGCCGAAAUCGUUUCUACCGCCUCUAAUGAGAGGCCGUGGUGGAAGCAGACUCAUCUGCUGAAGCUCAACUCCAUCGUCUUAUCGCUCAUCUUGUUCUCUUCCGCGAAUGGCUACGAUGGUGGCCUUCUAGGUGGAAUCCUUGCUCUUGAUUCAUGGAACGAAUUCAUGAAUCAUCCGGCCGGCGCCUACCUGGGUUGGAUCACAGCCAUCUAUUGGCUCGGCAACGGUCUCACUACGCCCAUCGCAGCCUGGGUUUCCAACCGCUGGGGUAGAAAGCUCGGUCUAUACUUUGGAUAUUUCUUCCUCUUUGUCGGUAUCGGCAUGCAAGCAGGCUCCCAAAACGAAAAGACCUUCACAUACGCUCGUCUCUUCAUCGGUAUCGCCUCGGGAUGGCUCGGAAACUCAGCACCCGUCCUCAUCAACGAAGUCGCGUAUCCAUCGCAUCGAGCCAUCGCCAGUUCUCUGUUCAUGUGCGGCUGGUAUGUCGGUGGCACGGUCUGUGGCUGGGUGACGUUUGGCUGCCGAAACAUCGCCUCGGACUGGUCGUGGAGAAUCCCUGUUUUGCUGCAGGUUCUUCUCCCUCUCUGCGCUCUACCCGGACUUUUCCUAUCUCCCGAGAGUCCCCGCUGGCUAGUGAGUGUCGGCCGUGUGGAUGAAGCCACCGAAAUCAUCGCCAAGUACCAUGCUGGAGGCAACAGGGACGAUCCCAUUGUUAGCACGCAGAUGCUGGAGAUUGAGGCAACCAUCACAGCUGAAAAGGAAGCUUCGGGAAGCGCUUCGUACCGUGACAUGAUCAAGACGAAGGGCAACCGUCACAGACUCUUCAUCUCGGUUACUCUGGGCUUCAUCUCGCAAUGGGCUGGCAACGGUGUCGUAUCCUACUACCUCCCAUUGGUUUUGGACUCGGUUGGUCUCAAGACGGUUACCGAGCAGACUCUCAUUUCUGCAUGCCUUAAUGUGUGGAAUUUGCUAUGGGCUGUCGCGGCAGCUUUCAGUGUUGAUCGCCUUGGCCGCCGAUUCCUGUUCCUCUCGUCUGCCAGCGUCAUGCUUGUCAGUUUCAUCAUUGUUACUGGACUCAGUGGCUCGUUUGCGAACUCAGGGUCUUCUUCGGUCGGCUUGGCUGUGGUCCCGUUCCUGUUCAUCUUCUUUGCCGGUUACGAUGUUGGAUUGACCCCCUUCCUUGUCGCUUACCCUUGCGAAAUCUGGCAGUUCAGUCUCCGCUCCCGCGGUCUCACCGUGGCAUGGUGCACAGCCGUCGCAUCCAUCUUCUUCAACUCAUUCGUCAACCCCAUCGCCCUUGAAGCCAUUACAUGGAAGUACUAUAUUGUCUUUAUCGUACUUCUGUUUCUCUUCCUCAUCGUCGUUUACUUUACGUACCCGGAGACCCGCGGCCACACCCUUGAGCAGAUGGCGGUUGUCUUUGAUGGAGAGGAUUCUGUCCCGGCCCAGGCUGUGGCAUUGGAGAAGAAGAUGAGCAUUGGUCAUGUCGAUAAUGUGGAAGACUAG